AUGAGCGAAUGCACGGGAGAGAUUAAGCACCUCAACAAAAGUGGUAACAAUUUGUACAACUUCAAAGACCUCUUGGAGCUAUGCUCCGGGCCCGUGAUCCAAUUUCCCGCAUGGCACGCAAAAUACUUCAACCAAGAUGUGGAGAAGAUCGCAGAAGCAGCAUUUGCCGAGGUCUAUAGAUUUUGCGUCUGUGAUACAGGGCCCAGGGACGACAAGUUCGAGCGAUCAGCGCUCAAGAUCAUUCCUUUGAGAUCUGUUCCGCAUAUAAGUCGGACGAGUCCACAGGGACAAAAUGAAGUUAUUUUGGGCCAGUCAAUGAUGAGCGAUGUUCAAAGCGUGACCAAAGAAAUCAGAACCAUGCAAGCUCUAAGCCCAGUCAGCGGCUUCACGCAACUGAGGGAUGUGCGAGUCAUCCAAGGUCGACCAACGUUGGCAUUCGUUAACGCACACAGAUCGUGGGACCGCAAGCAAAAAGCAUGUGGCAAAACCCCGAGCUUGUUCCCCGACCCGGCGUGCGAGGCAAGCUAUUCAGAUCUUCAGCUAUGGGCCGUACUAGAAAUGGAGUAUGCCGGUCACAAUCUUGAAGAAGCCAUCAAUAACGGGGAGUGUGACACGGUCUGCGUGAUCUGGGACGUGUUUUGGCAGAUCUGUCAGUCUGUCGCGAGAGCCGAACAGUCGUGCGAUUUCGAGCAUCGAGACCUACACCCUGGCAACAUCUGCAUCCAGCCACGUGCACUACAUUCCUACGUGACUCCAUUACGAACGACUAUCAUUGACUAUGGACUAUCCCGGUGCACAUUGCCCAAUGGAGACAUCAUCUCUCAUGAUCUGAGCAAGGUUACUGGUCUCUUUGAUGGCGAUGGUACGAGGGCCUAUCAGUACGACAUCUAUCGCUACAUGCGUUGCUUGAUUCUGGGAAACGCCACCGAUGAUAGGCAAGACUCGGAGAUGACGUGGCGCACCUAUCGACCGGAGUCUAACCUGCUCUGGCUACACUUAAUCUUGACGUUGCUCAUGCAACGAUUACCAGCAACAGACGCUAACUCUCCGUAUGUGAUGAGGACCUACACCAAAAAUACCAACGAGAUGCGGGGCAUUUUGUGGCAAGUGCAUGAAGUAUUGCAACCGUGGCAAAUGAGAGAGAUGUCGUCUGCGAGCGAUCUUAUGGAGAAGGCCAUGAGCGAGAAUUGGCUAGACCUUGAAUACGUAGGCGACAUGCCACUUGUAGCCCCGUGGUAG